ACGUAUACCCUAAAUUAACAUAAGCUAGUUAGCGGGCAAGAACGAUACCCCUGGAAUGAGAUGAAGCAUGGGCAGGCACUUCCUUGCUCUUGACAUCUUAUACUUGUCCCUCUUCAUCUUCUUCGCAGGGUUAACCAAAACCCAACAUUACGACGAUUGCAAACCAUCAACUUGCGGAGACCAUGGCCCAGAAAUCCGAUUUCCUUUCCGGCUCAAGAACCGCCGGCAGCCAGAGCACUGCGCCUAUCCGCGUCGCGACUUUGCUCUGUCCUGCACCAACCAAGGCGACACCCUGCUCGAGCUCCGCUUACCGGGGGUAUUGCCUAUUGAUAUUAUAAAGUUGGUAGUGAAGGAAAUUGAUUAUGGAUCUCAGAUAAUUCAUGUUUCUGACCCAAAUGAUUGCCUUCCAAAGCAGCUCCCAUACCUCAACUUCUCUGCAUCUCCCUUCCAAUCUUUUUACCAACAUGACACGUAUAACUUUAGUUUAUUCAAUUGCUCGUAUUCCGCGGAUAGAGAUUCAAUGUCAUUCUAUCUCAUUUCAUGCCUUAGCACCUCGUCCCACCAAGUUUAUGCCCUCUAUUCUGACCGAUAUGGUGAAGAACUGCCCCUAUUGUCUUGCAAAAAGACUGGUAGCAUUCUUGGAGUAACUUAUAGUAUAUUCAAUCCGCAGUACCUCCUUGCUCUUCAAUGGUCUAACCCAGAUUGCAGAAAAUGCGAAGCAUCAGGUAAGAGAUGCAGAUUGAAUGACUCCAGCAUUGAAGAACCACAAAUUCAAUGUUCUGAUAUCCCCAAACCCCAUUAUCACAACAAAGGUGCAGCUGCAAAGCUACAGACCGCAGGUAUAGUCCCAGGCUCAUUUCUCCUUUUACUGAUAGUAAUUGGGCUAUACUAUGUCUAUAGCAUAGAUAAAACAGAAAGAGAGCACCGAGCCAAGAUUGAAAUUUUUUUGGAGGAUUAUAGGGCUCUUAAGCCCUCACGGUACUCGUAUGUGGAUAUCAAGCGGAUUACAAAUCAGUUUAGGGACAAGCUGGGCCAAGGAGGUUAUGGAACUGUGUUCAAGGGAAAACUUUCCAAUGAAAUCCUUGUUGCUGUAAAGAUCCUCAAUGUUACCAAGGGAAAUGGUGAAGAGUUCAUCAAUGAGGUGGGAACCAUGGGAAGAAUCCACCAUGUAAACGUGGUUCGCUUGGUUGGUUUUUGUGCAGAUGGAUUUAGAAGGGCUCUUGUUUACGAGUUCUUAGUGAACGAUUCGCUUGAGAAACUCAUAUUUUCGGAAAGAAAUAAGAGAUCUCUUGGUUGGAAGAAGCUUAAAGACAUUGCUCUCAGUAUAGCCAAAGGAAUUGAAUAUCUGCAUCAUGGGUGCGACCAAAGAAUCCUCCACUUCGACAUCAAGCCCCAUAAUGUCUUGUUGGACGACAACUUCAAUCCGAAGAUAUCUGAUUUUGGUUUGGCUAAGCUUUGCUCAAAGGAACAAAGUGCUAUAUCUAUGACUACUGCUAGUCUUAGAGGGACUGUGGGCUAUAUUGCUCCUGAAGUGUUCUCUAGGAACUUUGGGAAUGUAUCGUACAAAUCAGAUGUGUAUAGUUUCGGAAUGUUGUUGCUUGAUAUGGUUGAAGGGAGGAAAACUACAAUAGAGAACAGUAGCCAGGGGUACUUCCCAGAUUGGAUUUAUCAUCGUUUGGAACGAGGAGAAGCUAUAGGAAGUGGAAUCGACAAUGGUGGAGAUGCAAAUAUCGCAACACAGCUAACAAUUGUAGGUCUUUGGUGCAUUCAGUGGUAUCCAGUGAACCGACCAUCAAUGAAAGCUGUGAUUCAAAUGCUGGAAGGAGAAGGAGGUGAUCUGGACAUGCCACCAAAUCCUUUUGGCUCGACAAAUCCAGUGACAACAAGCACAGCCAAGCUUGGAAGAACAUUCAACACACAGCUAGCAAUCAUUUCAGAAACAGAACCAGAGAAUUGAAUGAGAAGUAAUCAAAAUGAAUGUACUGAAUUUAGAAAUCUCUAUUAGAGAGUUGUGUGCGUAGUUCUGAAUAUUUAUUUAGUCAUUAUGAAUAAUUGCAAGAAGGUCUAGAGACAAUUCCAGA